CAAUUAUAUAAUUUAAUUUGUUUGGUCAGAAACCGAAUAAAAUGUUCUUUACUAAUGAAAUAGAUGUCUAAUUUGUUUCUAUUUUCUCAAAUAGAUCCAUCCCUCCUUGUAUAGAGAGGAAUGAGAGAGACCUCGGCGAGUGGUCUUUCAUGGCAGCGUCUGGUACUCUUGGCUUCGUUUGUUCUGCACUUCGUCCUAGGUCUAUCAGGUGAUUCCAAGAAUACAGAAACAGGAGUUGAGACAGAGUCUCACACAUCUUCCAGCAGAAGAGGGGCAAAAGUAAUCCUCAUACUAGUCGGAUUUGUGGCUGUGGCAAUGUUCUCCUUCUUCCUAUACAAGCAAUGGCAGAAGAAGAAAAGAGACGAGCAGUAUGCCCGGCUGUUGAAGCUCUUUGAGGAAGAUGAUGAACUCGAGGUUGAAUUAGGCCUUCGAGAUUAAAAAAAAAACAAAUUUAGAAAUUUGUCACUCAAAUUGCCUGAGCCAUGUUUAUUUUGUGUUGCCUUUGUUUUUUCUUGUUAUGUAAGAUAUAUAGAAGAAUCAGAGCAUGUAUGUGGUUAAAGCUUUUAAUUUCCCAGAGAUCUUAAUGUUAUAUACACUAUUUGUUAAA